CCAGAAAUAUUUAGCGAGAGUGAAGAAACUCAUUUGAAAAAUGUAAAGGGAGGAAACUACGCACUUAUUGACUAUGACUCUCUCUUUCGAACGUUCAUGACGGAGAACUGUGGUCUUCAAAGACUCGGAAUAAGUUUAGAGUGGCAACCCGUUUCUCUAGGAGUUCCUCUAAAUUCGACGCUGAAAGUGGACCUUGAACGAGUAAUGCGUCGAUUAGAAGCGUCAGGUAUCUUUAACUACUGGUGGUAUGUGCACAUGUCCCAGCUAAAACACACCACCUGUCCGUCCAGGCAGCGGUCUGUGAGUUCCAGUAUCACGCUGGAUGACAUCAAAAGCGGAUUCGUUCUUCUCGGAGCUGGCAUUGGAGUCGCAGUUCUUUCUCUGGCCGCAGAAGUCCUGAAGAAGAAGUUGAUGUGACAAAAGUAUACUUGAAUAGAAGCGGUUGCACGAAUUUGACAAUAACACGUGCUUGUGCUUGUUAGUGCAAAUACUACUGACUGUUCCCAGUGAUCUGAUAUAAUUUUAGUUUGGGCCGAUUUUACAAAACAUGUUAAUGUCUGAUACGCAUGUAAGUACAUAAAUGUACAAUGCUUAAAGACAUACGUUUAACAGAAAAACAGGCUUCAUAAAUUCGGCCCUUAUUGCACGUUUGUCACGCAAAGAGCGAA